GACUCCGCCCUCUGCUGUUAUUCGGCUCCAGGGUUUAAGUCAGUCCUCUUAAACGUGACGCAGAACUCUGCGAGAGAAAUCAUGGAGGUUAUUAAAGGCGAGCCUGGAGACUGGACUGAUGCAGAGCCCUGCGGAGUGAAAGAUGAACAAACCGAGGAACACAUAGGCCUGAUAGAAGUGAAAGAGGAGAGGCAAGAACUGAAUGAAGUUGAGGACAGCCACUAUUUCCAGACACCCGAAAAUUUGAUAGCUGAAGAAAAACCUUUAAUUGACUAUCAGUCUGAAAAUCUUUCACAAACAGGACGCCUUAAAGAUCCCAUUAAAAGUCAUACCAGAAUGAGACCGUUCACAUGCCAUCAGUGUGGAAAGAGUUUCAAACAUAAAGGACGCCUUACUGUUCACGCAAGAAUUCACACCGGAGAGAAGCCUUUUACAUGCGGAAAGAGUUUCGUAAAUAAAGGGCACCUUAAUAUACACACAAAAACUCACUCUGGAGAGAGGCCUUUCCCGUGCCAUCAGUGUGAAAAGAGCUUCUAUCAUAAAGGACACCUUAAUAUUCACACGAGGAGUCACACUGGAGCGAAACCCUUCGUGUGUCCUCAGUGUGGAAAGAGGUUUAUUCAUAGAGGACAUCUUAACGAUCACUUAAGGAUUCACACCGGAGAGAAGCCUUACACAUGCACUCACUGUGGAAAGUGUUUCACACAUCAAGCAAGUCUCUCGUGGCACAUGAGAACUCACACUGAAGAAACUCUUAAGCGUCGCACGAGAAUGCAUCCUGACGAGAAUCCGUUCACAUGCCCUCAGUGUGGAAAGAGUUUCCUUCAUAAAGGACACCUUAAUGAUCACUUAAGAGUUCACACUGGAGAGAAACCAUUCACAUGCCCUCACUGUGGAAGGAGUUUCAGUCAUAAAGCAUACUUUCAUGUUCACUUAAGGAUUCACACCGGAGAGAAGCCCUUCGUGUGUCCUCAGUGUGGAAAGAGGUUUAUUCAUAGAGGACAUCUUAACGAUCACCUGAGGAUUCACACCGGAGAGAAGCCUUACACAUGCACUCACUGUGGAAAGUGUUUCACACAUCAAGCAAGUCUCUCGUGGCACAUGAGAACUCACCCCGAAGAAACUCUUAAGCGUCGCACGAGAAUGCAUCCUGACGAGAAUCCGUUCACAUGCCAUCAGUGUGGAAAGAGUUUCCUUCAUAAAGGACACCUUAAUGAUCACUUAAGGAUUCACACCGGAGAGAAGCCGUUUGUGUGCCAUCAGUGUGGAAAGAGCUUCACGCAUAAAGGAAGCCUGAAGUGGCAUUUGAGAACUCGCACUGAAGGACUUUUCACUUGCAAUGAGUGCGGGAAGAGUUUCGCGUAUAAAAGGAAACUUCAGAUUCAUCGAAGAAUUCACACCGAAGAGAACCCAUUAACUUGCCUCCAGUGUGGAAAAACAUUCACAUGUAACAAAACGUUUAAGUGUCACAUGAAAACUCACUCUAACGACAAUCCUUACUCAUGCAAUCAAUGUGGAAAGCGUUUCAAUCAAAGAGGACACCUGAAUGAACACAUGAGAACUCACACCGGAGAGAAGCCGUUGACAUGCCAUCAAAGCGGACGGCGUUUCAUUCAAAAAGCGCACCAUAAUGAUCAUGUAAGAAUUCACAUUGUAGACAGGCCAUUCACAUGCCAUCACUGCGGAAAGAAUUUCAUUCAUAGAGGACACCUUAAUGAUCACCUGAGAAUCCACACCGGAGAGAAGCCUUACGCGUGCCAACAGUGCGGAAAGCGUUUCACACAUAAAGGAAGCCUUACGUGGCACACGAGAACUCACAAUGAGGAGGAAGUUUUCACAUGCCACCUAAGUGAGGAGAAAUGUUCAAAUAAUGUAGACGUUGAGAGUCCGAUAAGAAUUCGCUCGGGAGAGAAGCCUUCCACGUGUCCUUUGUGUGAAAAGAGUUUCAGUCGUCAAGCAAUCCUUCAGAGUCAUGUAGAAACUCACUUUGAAGAGAGUCCUUAAAGGCGCUGUAGGUAUUAAAGCAUAACAAUACCAUAAUGUGUAGGGCGGGGACAAUAAAUCGAUUCAUCGAGAAAUGAUUCCGCAUCGAUUCUGAGAUUUUCCGAAGGCAUCGCGAUUCUCUCUCGAAUCGAU